AAAAAAAAUGCAUCAUGGUAAAUUCUUCUUCUCCAAGCUGGUUUGAUUAUUAGCUGCUCAUUAACAGAGGAAGCGCCAUCUGGUAGCUACGCAGAUUGCAGAUCUCAGAUCCCUUUUCCAGUCGACGCCACUAGUGUCAAUUUCAAAACGGAACGCCCAAAAAUUCUCUGCCAAUAGCGAUGUCGUUUGACGGAUUUCCUCCUUUCAUCUCCUCUCAACUUCAGUACCUCCUCGCCCACUAUCCUCAGCUCAUCAAGCUGCCAUGAAAACAAAGUGGGUAUUGUUUAAAUUUCUUUGCAGGUUGAGCAGGUGUGGUCAGGUAGCAAGUAUUUCCCUGGAAGUCUUGAUCGUUUCACGUUGCUUAUCCCCUACUGCCUGGACUAUCUUAAAUUUUUUGUUUAUUGCAGGGGAUAUUAUAUACAAUGUUGAAUUUCCACUAGCUGCCCCGGAUGUUAUUUUUGGACCUGAAGAUGAAGAUUUUCAUCCAUUUCAUGUACUGGGUGGGGAGGGCAAAGAUUUAACUUUAGUCAAGAAUAGUUUGACUGAUUGGAACAACAAAGAUCCUACACGGCUGUUGGCUCUCAUUGAGGAACUGAGGGAUAAAUACAUGUCCUACCAAAAGAAGCGUGUUGGAGAAGUUGAUGAUGAUCGAUUGAAGUUUGAAAUUAGCACUAUUUUAUCAAGGGAGGGGAUUGAAAUGCAUAUGAGUUCAGGUGUUGAAAAGCCAGAGGAGGUCAAAUUUGCGGUGCCAUUAAUGGACAUGAAUAUAAAUAAAAUGGUACUUGCAUGUCCCUGGAGGCAUCCACAAAGGAUAUACUUACAGGUUGUAUAUCCUGUUGGUAGAAUGUAUGUAUCUGCUCCUUCAGCACCUCGUUUGAAAUUAAUGUCUUCUGCUGAGUUGAAAGCUCUAUUUUCCAUUGAUGAUGUCAAACUUCCUCCAUGGUUGGAUGGAAUGUGCUUGGCUGAAUAUCUUCCUCAUCUAGAACAACUGCUCCAGAGACAGGUCUCAGAGGCAGUUUCCUUAAUUGAUGUCAGGAGGCGCUUUAUUGAGGCUUUAGUCCUACUAUUUGGAAGGCCACUAGAAGCUGAUCCAGUUUUUUGUAGAAAAGCUACAUUUCUUGCUACCUCUGGACCAUUUACUCUCCUGGUACAUUUUUUCCUCUCAACUCAGUUUCCAAAACAGCAGCCGUCUAUGAUGCUUCAAAGUACUCAGCAUUUCAAUUCUCAUGGUGCACCAGCCAAGUCACCCCUUCUAACCGAGUAUCCAUGGAGUCCGAGAUGGGAAGCAUCUCAAAUGGCAGAGCGUAUCUUUGACUUUUUGGUCGAUGAGUCCGUAAACUUCAAAAGGCACUGCAACGAAUCUCAACUUCAACAUUAGAUCAAUGUUCUGAGAGACUGUCACUGCACCCUUCACUCGAGUUGCCUCAUUGAAACUUUUUGUAUGUACUCUUCAAUAUCACUAUGGAUUGCUGCGGUAUCCUUGUAUUGUAAUUAGUUUAAUGCCCAAUAACCUUGUUAAUCAUUCAAAAUGCUAGUGACCCCUAAGGUAAAUGUAAACUGUCAAAACAGGAUUCAAUCUGAGUUUUUGACAUUGUCCGA